GAUUCCGAAUUGACUUGUGCGCUACAGUUAUGAGCAAAGUCUCCGGGUUCUUUAAGAAGACAGGUUUUAGCUCAUGCAAGUUCACUUGGUUCAUAAGUACUAAAGAAUAGGUUUGGUGGCGUGUUUCUUUGGUGCACGUGUCAAUAGUGAACAUUAUUUCGUACAAUUCAGAAGACGCGGAGUGUUACAAAUUUGUGCCACAUUCUACGUUAAAUAGGUGUUGAGAGUCUACCUCAAUGACUAGGUCCUGAGAGAUAAAUACCUAGUUUCGUUGUGCAUUCUUCUUUCUAUAGCCAGAAAAUAGAUAUUAUCUGUCCCAUAUGUCGUCUAAUGUGGAACACCAAAAUGAGACCUAUAUCCGCGCUGUGAUUUCAUCUACAAAAUUAGUAGAAUCAGUGCGUCGAACUUUAAUAUUCCUGGUUGUCACAGUAAUCUAGGUGGCUUCCUAAAGCAUCACUACGUACUUGUAGAUGAGUAAAAAGUCCCUCAGAUCGGUUUUUUUGCCAGUGUCCGGAAAACCUUUGAAAUUUUUUGUCAUCUCCAUGAAACAAGGUCACGUCAUCUUCCCUGCCAAGGUCUUUAGGCUAUCUAUAGCAUUAACGAAACGUGCUUGUUAGAUGUACUUGUAGUUUAAAAUGUUGAUGGUUUGCAAGUGUAUAGUCUUAGGAAGUCUAAAUCGAGUGCUCUGUCUGACCACAACUUAGAAUUAACGAGGUCAGCUUAAUGCAAUAGUUAACGCAUGUUGUAAUAGAGCCAACCACUUUAGAAUGAGCAUUUCCCAUAUUUUGGUUCCUUUGUCGUAUGUCUUGUAACAUUUAUACUGCUAAUCGAGUGGCUAGAUAAAACUGUGAUUUUCUUAGGUUACCAAGCCCUCAAUUUAAAGCUAUUCUGAAAAGAAGUGGAGCCGUUUUAGACCCUGCAUACAUAAUAGUAGUCAGCGGAUACAAUAUAUUUAUCCGUCAUGUAGUUUUAUUCGAAGUGUUUGAACUUUUCAAUCAUUUGUAUACUCACUGUGGGCAGACGUGCGUAACUGCUUAUUGUAAGCCCCGACACCUACUUUCAUCGUUUUGCUUUUAUAGGAAAGCUUUCUCACGUCAGAAAAAUCUUUUAGUCCAUGGUAAAUGUGCAUUUAGCUCUUCGCAGAAGUACUAGAGCAUUUUUUUGUAUAGAAAAAGCAUAUGGGUAGUCGUUUUACUAGUGUAAAACCAUGUAUUGAAGCAUAUCCUCUAUUAUUCGAAGUGAACUUGUGUAUCCUUGGACUCCGUGUGAGAUCCAAAAUACUAGUCUUGAAUAAGAGUAGUGGUUGUUUUGAACUUUGUUUAAUUUUCUACGUGGUAGCGUCACAAAAUUUAAGCUCUUCGAGGGUCUAUGUACUUGUUGCUGUUUUUGUCUGACAAUUAACCCACUACUCAUUAAUUUGUAUUCUUGUCUUGUGUCGUUGUAAGGUAAUCGUUUCUUCACAACCACUUCUGGAUGCUUGGUAGAGGAGCCCAUUGUUCUAAGCAAAUUGAAACGGGGGACUGGUGGGAGAGCUUCAUUUAAUGGCAUGACCGUGACCGUGUUUGGUGGGACUGGAUAUUUAGGCCGGAAUUUAAUGGCACAGCUCGCCAAAACUGGAACACAGAUUAUCCUUCCAUACAGAUGUGAUCCUCAUAUGAUCAGAGAUGUAAAAGUUAUUGGGGAUCUGGGGCAAGUUUUAUUUUUGCCUUUUGAUUUGAAAGAUGAUGAAUCCUUAAGAAAAGCCAUGAAGUAUAGUGAUGUGGUCAUCAAUCUAACAGGCACAGAUUCUGACACUCGAAACUUUACUAUUGAACAUGUACACAUUGAUGCGGCCUCGCGGAUUGCAAGGAUAUCUAAAGAAUUAGGAGUUCAGCAACUGGUCCAUGUGUCUGCACUGUGUCAAAAUAAGAAUCCUCCGAAAUAUGUUCGGAAGCCCUCUCGAUAUAUGAUAUCUAAAGCAAUUGGUGAAGAGGAGGUUCUGCGUGAACGCCCAGACGCUACGAUUUUCAGACCAGCUGAAAUAUGGGGACCACAUGAUCGUUUUUUGUGCUAUUUUGCUUCAAGACCUCGGCGACUCCAUAGAUUUCAAAAUGUUCAUAUCCCAUUAUGGGCUCGUGGCAAAAAUACCGUAAAGCAACCUGUUUGUAUACAUGAUCUUGCCCGUGGAAUUGUCAAUUCAUUGCAUAAUCCAGAGUCACUAGGACAGAUUUAUGAAGCCGUUGGUCCUCAUCGUUAUCGAUUAGAUGACUUAGUAAAGUGGAUUUAUUUCAUUUGUCGAUACUUACCUAGUGAGGUAUACGUAACUUCAAUGACCCCCUUGUUUUUAGCCCGAACUUACCUCUAUGAACGUCUUUCUCCCAAUUAUUCCCACCUUACAUUUGAACGGUUAGAGAGAGAAUGUGCUACGGAUAUUUUAUCUGGUUGCCCAACACUUGAUGACCUUAAUAUCAAGCUAAGCAAAUUGGAGGACCACAUUAAUCAUAUUGUAUUUCUUUACCGCCGGCAGCAUUUCUAUUGGGACGCUCUUGGUGAAUUUCCGGAACCACCCCCUCCUCCUAUCCAAUUUCAAUAAGUUUCUGCUUAAUUUGAAUUUAAUACCUAGAAUUCAUAGUAUGGUAUUGUUGUUUGAGAAAUAAAUAUAUACAAACAAUCACUCAACAUUAA